CUAGCUCAGAGAUCAUCUAUAUUCUAUGGUAUUGAUUUUCUGGCCUGAGUUUGGAGGGUUGAAGGUAAAGAAUUUUUGCUCAGUUAACUGUUUGUGAGGAGUUCAGCUUGUCAGAGGUUUACUAAUGGCGGCAGACCAACUCGUGGGCUCCGAGAUUCAUGGGUUCCAUACUUUGAAAGAUUUAGAUGUUGGGAAAAUUGUGAACGACGCUGGAGGAAGAUGGCUCAGCGGUCAUGAAAUUCAUGCAAUACUCCAUAAUCACAAGCAUUUCUGCGUCUAUAGCAAUCCAGUUAACUUGCCCAAAAUCUUAUCAGAAAGCCUAGGUGCUCACCUCGAAGCAUUUGCAAUUCAUAUUGGAUAUUCUUCAGGCAUAUGUGGUGCUAUUUUACUUUUUGACCGUAAGAGGCUUAGGAACUUCAGGAAGGAUGGUCAUAACUGGAAGAAGAAAAAAGAUGGAAAGACUGUCAAUGAAUCCCAUGAAUGCUUAAAAGUUGGUAAUGAAGAAAGGAUCCAUGUAUACUAUGUGCAUGGCCAAGAUAACCCGAACUUUGCUCGCAGGUGUUACUGGCUUCUUGACAAGAACCCAGAACGAGACAUAGUCCUUGUUCAUUAUCGUGAACUAAAGGAGAAAUCUGGCGAUAAGCAUGUAUAUUAUGCUGGCGACAAAGACUUUUUAGAAUCAACAGCGCUUGGUGACAAUUUAACCGUCCAGAAUCAUGAAUGGAGGCGUCAUGAGAUUAAUCCAAUGGAACGGGAUGAGCUCCCACCGACAAAUGAUUCUAACAACUCAACUGCACCUAAAGAACAUGAAGUUUCAAGCUUCGAUCAAUCAAAUCAAAUUGAGGCCAAUGACUCCUUAUAUGAUAUGAUGUCGCAGAGGAAGAGACGGCGAGAGGAUGUGAAGGCCCAGCCAGAAGGGAGUGGUUCUAAGGAUAAGCGUAGGAGGUUUCCUACUUUCUGGAAUGUGGUCUGGGAGGUUAUGAAGAUGCAAUCAGUCCAGAAGUUUCCGGAGCCAAUUUUAGGGCCUUUGAUGCAAUCAGUCCAGAAUUUCCCAGAGCCAAUUCUAGGGCCCUUGAUUCGUAGAAUGGUCGAGGAGGAAGUCAAAAGAAAGCUUUUAGAGAUCAUGAAACAGAAUUGUGGGAAUGAGGCAAGUACAUCUGGGUCAAGAAGCUUACAGGUGAACUUCACUGACAACCUCUCUCCCCCAGUUCUAUUUUCUGGAGCUGGAAUUGAAGGAGAAGAUUGCUCUAACAUACAAGAAGCUUUGGUUGAUGAUCAUAUUGAUCAACAACCUCUCUCUCAUGAUGGGGAGGCCUUAGCCAAUGUUCAUUACCCGACCAGCUUGCCCUGUACAGAGAGCCCCAAUGGGAGCAAGUUUUUGGCUUCUGGGGAGAUUGGUGAAUUUGAUCAUUCCCAACGCUGUGCGCUUUCUCCAGAUAUCUUUUCAAUCGUGUGUUCUGUUGGGGGUUCUAGUGGUUUGGAUGAGUGCGGCUUGCAAGAUUUGAGUUUCCCAGGCUCCAUGAUUUGUGACACACAUCCCAUGACUCAAACUUUCUGUGGUGAGGAUUCUCUGCAAGAUCUUGAUACUGACAUGCAGGUCGAGGACUACCUGUUGCCACCUUCUACCGCUAUUACUCAGAUGAGAUGGACAAAGGUAUUCAGCGUGCUCAACUGGUUCUCAAUUCGGAAGGUUGUAAUUUGUAAAAAAAAGAAACUGGGUUCGGGAAAAUCACAGAUACAGUAAUGCGAAAAGAGAGAGAGAGAUCGCUGCCCGUAUAAUUUUGUGGGCAGCUAUGUGAGACAAGAUGGAGGUAUUAGAGCAUCUCCAGAAUGAAAUAUUUAGUGAAAAAAUGUAAUUUUUAUUUUGGGAUUUUUGAGAUAAAUCUCUAGUUAACGCCCCCAAACAGAUAACACCUUUAA